AUGGGAGAGGAGCAGGCGGUAGUGCGCUCAGGCCGCAGCCAGAUAGGCCUGGUUAGCCCUGCCACGAGGGACAUGGAACCCAAGGACCAGCAGCUCACGGUAGUGCUUCGGAUCCGCCCGCUCAAUGACACAGAACAGGAGGAGGGAGCCAGCGUCAUCGCCCACAAAGUGGGUGACCAGAUGGUGGUGCUCAUGGAUCCGGGCGAGGACCCCGAGGACACGCUGCGCACACACCGGUCCCGGGAGAAGACCUUCAUCUUUGACACCGUCUUCGACCAGCACGCAUCGCAGGGGGACGUGUAUCGUGCCACCACCCAGCGCCUGGUGGACAGCGUCGUCUCCGGAUACAACGCCACGGUGUUCGCCUACGGCCCCUCAGGGGCCGGGAAGACCCACACGAUGCUGGGCAUGGACGCGGAGCCCGGCAUCUACCUGCAGACCCUCGCCGACCUCUUCCGGGCCAUCGAGCGGACCCGGGACAGCGUGGACUCCAGCGUGUCCAUGUCUUACCUGGAGAUCUACAACGAGGUGAUCCGGGACCUGCUGAACCCGUCCUCGGGGCUCCUGGAGCUGAGGGAGGACGCCAGGGGCAGCAUCCAGAUCGCGGGCAUCACGGAGGUCUCCACCUCGAAUGCCCAGGAGAUCAUGCAGCUCCUCACCAGAGGCAACCGGCAGCGCACGCAGGAGCCCACGGCCGCCAACAGGACGUCCUCGCGCUCCCACGCGGUGCUGCAGGUCUCCGUGCGCCGGCAGGGCCGCGGCCACCACCUGGCGGAGGGCGUGCGCGUCGGGAGGCUGUUCCUGGUGGACCUGGCGGGCUCGGAGCGGGCAUCCCAGACCCGGAACCGCGGCAAAAGGAUGCAGGAGGGCGCGCACAUCAACCGCUCGCUGCUGGCGCUGGGCAACUGCAUCAACGCGCUCAGCGAGAGGGGCGGCGGCCGCACGCAGUACGUGAACUUCAGGGACAGCAAGCUCACACGCCUGCUCAAGGACGCCCUGGGAGGGAACAGCCAGACGGUGAUGAUCGCCCACAUCAGCCCCGCCAGCACGUCCUUCGAGGAGUCGAGGAGCACCCUGCUGUACGCGCACAGAGCCAAGAGCAUCAGGACGCGGGUCAAGCGCAACCUGCUGACCAUGUCCUGCCAUCUGGAUCAGGACACAGAUGUCAUCUCCGACCUGCGCAGGCAGAUCGAGCACCUCAAGUCCAAGAUCGAGAGGCAGGAGCACAGGAGAAGCGAGGCCGGGAUCCCGGAUGCUCGAGGCCUGGAGCUCAGCCCUGGCUCAGGUGGCACCGCUCUUGGUGCAGCCGGCUCUCUUGCUGCCCCAGUCACGAUGCCCGCCCAGGACCCGGAGGAGGACAGCCGCCUGCAGAUGAACGAGACCCGGGCCCAGCUCGCGGGGACCUUCCAGGAGCAGCUGGAGAUGGCGCGCAGCCCGGUGGAGCUGGAGGACGCCAACAUGGAGCUGCACGCUGACGUGUCCCAGCACCUGCUGGCCAUUGCAGACUGGGAGCGGGAGAAGACCCCCCACCACGCCCAGGACGAGGUACCUGCGGGGCACGAGCAGCAGGCGGUGGCCGACGCAGCCGGGGACGAGGGCGAGUCCGCAGAGCCCCACGAGGGAGCGCUGGCCGGAGAGGAGGUCUCCCUGCUGCUGGCCGCACAGCGGGGAGCCGUGGCCCUGCAGGCGCGGCUGGAGGAGCGGCUUCUGUGCCGCGCGCAGGAGCUGGAGGCAGAGAACGCAGCGCUGCAGGCCGGCCGCCUGCACGGGGCGCACCUGCUGGCGCAGAGGGACCUGCUCAUCGGGCGCCUCCGCCAGCACCAGCUGCUGUGCGAGCGGAUCAUCCGGGACCAGCGGCAGCUCAUUCAGGACGCCGGCCUCCCCGUGCCCGCGGCGCUGGACGAGCGCUACGGCCUGUACGCGCGGGAGCUGGGCGGGGGCUCGCUGGACCGCCUGCUGCUGCUGCACUCGGCCACGGCCGCGGCCAGCUCCCUGCCCGAUGGCUCUGUGGGGAGCACAUCUCCACCCUCAGAGGAGGCCCCCGGAGACCAGGCCGACAGGAGACCAGCCCCUUUUGAGCUGCCGCAGAUGCUGCUGGAGACGGACAGCCAUGGUUUCAAGGUGUCGAAAGCCACUCCCUCAAAACAGUGGGGGAGGCAGGCUGCCCUCGCCCCGCCGCCCCUCCGCAUCCUGCUCACGCCGCCAGCGCACGAGCGGCCUGGCACUCCAAGGGCGAAGGCCGUGGCCUCCAGGCUGAGCUCCCUGGCCGGCCUGGACCUCACGGAGGUGGCCGCGAGCACCAAGAGCAUCGCCCUCGUCGCGGCCUCCCGGCGCUGCCAGGCCCAGGACCGGGAGGGCGGCAGUGGCCGCUCCUCGCUCCACCUUCCGGACUCCAGGGACGCGAGCCCAGCAGGCAGCAGGCGGCCCCGCGCCAGCCCCGGCCGGAAGGGCUCCUUGGAGAGGAAGGCCCGGAGCAGGCGGUCCCCUCGCCUCAGCCCAGGCGUGCGGCCGGCAACGGAGAAGCCCCAGCCCCACUCCCCAGCACGUUGGGAUGAGAGCCAGACGCCCCCUGCACCCCAUCAGCCGUCAAAGUCCUCGGGCCUCUUCCCUGCUGUCCCCGCGGCCUCCAAGACGAAGCCUGGCCCCCACGCAGGGUCUGCAGACAGUGGAGGCCAAGGCCGCAGCCCGCUGCCCCCCAGCAGCCCUCGCAGGCCCCGGGGCCGCAGCGCCAAGGGCCCGAGAAGACCCCUGUGA